CUCACUCUCACUCUGCACCACCACGCGGGAUGGCUGCACGCGCGCCACUGUCCCGCGAGCUGCGCGCGGAGUUCACGGACCCAGCGGACGAAGAGGUCAAGCUGGCCGUGACCUUGACGGACUCGAGCCUCACUGUGAGAAGAAUCCCUCCGUCUUCAUCCUCCUCAUCAUCAUCACCAUCAUCAUCUUCAUCACCGUUAUCGCCGUCGCUCGUGCUGAGUCUCGCUGACUGCGUGGGGUGUCGCGCGUACAGCGCGCGCGAUGGAGACGGAGAAAACGAAGGCGCGCUCGUGUGCGCGUACUUCUACCCGCGUGCGCGGAGGCGAUGGGCAGGAGGCAUCGCGCCAGCGGCAGCGCGGCACCGCGUGGAGCAGAGACUCCGUGUCGCGAGCGGCGGAGACGCCGGAGCGGAGUUGCAGGAGGCGGAGCGCUGGGCGCGCGCAGUGACGCACAGAGCCGCGCGCCACACGGCACUUGCGCACGGUGGACAGUACAGUCAGGUGUGUAGAGCGCGACGGUUGAUGGUGCUGGUGAAUCCUCUGAGUGGGAAGGGUCAGGCUAUGGCUCUUUACACUGGACCUAUACAGCGCAUGCUGACUGAGGCUGCUGUCCCACACACACUGAUCACCACAGAGCAUCAGAAUCAUGCGCGUGAGUUGGUGCGGAAGGCUGACCUCUCUCAGUGGAGCGCCAUCGUCAUUCUGUCAGGAGACGGACUGCUGUUUGAGGUGAUCAAUGGAUUGAUGGAGAGAGAGGACUGGGAGGAGGCUAUCCGCACCCCGCUGGGCAUUCUGCCAGGAGGCUCAGGAAACGCACUGGCUGCAUCAGUGCACCAUUACACACAGGCAGAUGGAGUGUUUGGCGAGGAUCUGCUGCUGAGCUGUGGUUUCGUGCUGUGUAAGGGUCUGGUGUGUCCUCUGGACCUGCUCUCUGUACGCCUCUCCUCGGGCCACCGUCUCUUCUCUUUCCUCUCUCUUGCCUGGGGCUUUGUGGCAGAUGUGGACAUUGAGAGCGAGAAGUAUCGUCCCGUAGGGGCAGUGCGCUUCCUGGUGGGCGCCCUAGUGCGUCUGGCAUCUUUACGAACCUACCAGGGCAGGCUGGCUUUCCUGCUAGCCACAGAAGAGUCCAGCUCAGUCACAGCGCACUCUCCCCCUUCGCUUCCUGCUUCUUCCUACUGCUCCUCUUUACCACGUGUGUCAAACACACAGCAGCAUCACAGUUCUGAACGUCCAGCCACAAUCACAGGAGCUGACCUGAAGGAACAUGGGCCUGUUGAUGACCUCAUGACCCCUCUUGGAGCACCUGUACCCACAGACUGGACUGUAGUGGAGGAACGUGACUUCGUCCUGGUUCUGGCCACCUGCCACUCCCACCUGGCUGAGGACCUGAUGGUGGCGCCGGAUGCCCAACCGGGUGACGGCCACAUUCACCUAUUCUACGUGACGGCAGGUGUGUCACGGCCGGCCCUGCUCAGGCUCUUCCUUGCUAUGGAGAAGGGGGCACAUCUGGCAUGUGACUGCCCACACCUGGUGUACCGCCGGGUCAAGGCAUUGAGGCUGGACCCAGUCACGCGGCCCGGAGUCAUCACUGUGGACGGGGAACAGGUGGAGUAUGGCCCUGUCCAGGCACAGGUGCACAAAGGAUAUGCAAGGCUGAUCUCAGGUUGACCUUUGAACUAGGAUUGGGUUAAAAAAGAUAAUCAAACUCAAACUUAUGUUAGCGAUAAUGCGCCUUUAAGGUUCUUUUGAUAAAAUGAUUAUGUUGUUCCAAUCCUGAAAUCAAUACAAGCAGCAAAGGCUUGAACUUUGAACAAUCUCUACUGGUGAUGUGGAACUUUUGCUGGCUAGACAAGAAGGGAGACAUCUAGCCAUUCACUCAUGACAGCAGAAAUAAGCAACACAGUUAGCAUAGUGAACUAGCUAGCUGUUUUCAGUGUUGAAAUUAUGGAAAGUACAAAAGAGAGUUUGAAAAACAUGUAACUACAGGACAUUUUGGAAAAAAUCAUUAUGACAGUAAGUUUGUAUACUACAUCUUCAUAUUUCUUCAGGGUUAAAGGUUUAGGUGAAAAAGGCAUCACCAUCAUUUUAUCACCUGAUGGCUGAUAAACGUAUAUGCCAGUUGAAGUAGGCAGCACAAACCAGAUGGACUACUUAGAUUGUGGACUCAUUCAGGCUGUUGAAUGCCCUGGCACCUGAGCUGGACUGAAUCCCACAUCAGGUUAGGCUUAUGACAAGGAAAGCUUUGACUCAAAGAAACACAUGGGUUCAGUCCCUUUUCAACGCUGUGUAGAAGUGCCAAAGUUACUCACUAGACUGCGCAUUUCAGUCAUUCUUUUUUUAUUUAACAUUAAGAAACGUUCUAUGUUUUUAUCUGACUCAUUUUAUCCCUUUCUUGAAUUCUAGUUUCAGGACAAGAUGGUUUUGCUGGUUUAGCUGUGGAGUGUGGAUUUGUGUGGUCCUAUAGGAGUGCAUUAUGCACUGAGCUGUCUGAAUGAAUAAGUGUGACAUGCACUAACAGAGCAGAAGCUGUGUGUGUGCGUUGGUCCCGAGAGAAGCACACACCAUGUGGCUCGUGUGUGGAGGAGAAAACUUGCUCUAUGACGGUGUUACUCACCAGACCUUCUGUUCGCAUAAUUUUACCAAGGGGAAUAGGCCUUUCCCACAUUAACAACUCUGAAUGUUUUCUGAUACAUGCAAUGCUGGGUAUCAUGCUGACUGUUAUCUAAUGCUCAACUCAUUCUUAAGUUUGGUGUAACAACUAGGCCUUGGUGAUAAGGCAAUGUAAUUGCACACUGGCAAUGCUUGACAACUAAAGAUGAUAAUCAGUGUGUGGGGAAAGAGAACUGGUGGAGAACUAGUGAGGACAUGUUUAAAUUUAAACAGCUUGCUAAAUAAUAUUACACAAUAUGUACAUGCAAUAUUUUAUACUCCUUUACUGCUAAAACAAAAGAUUAUUAUUAGGCAUUACUAAGCCAUUCAGGCUACAGUACAAAUUCCUCACUAUACUUGGAACAAUUACAGGGAGGAGCAAAAGAUCAGACACAGGUGAAGGGCAUGCCAAAGGGGCGGAGCAAGGGAGGAGCAGGAAAACCAAAACAAACAGAAGCACAAGGCCAGAGAUGAGGGAAGAUAAACAAACGGGAAAAACAGACAAAAACAAGGGCAAGGCAAGACGGUAUGUCAACCCCAGAGUGUGAUACACCAUCUUAGAAGAACUUUCAGCAUUUUGCAUUUAGAUAAUGUCCCAAUGGUUCAGAUUAAUAGUAAAAUUAAGUAUAUAAACUUCAUAGUUUCCCACUGGAAUGUAUAACUACACUAGCUGGUGCCCACAAGAGAGUCCACAGUGAACGAGAUUGAUGAAAUAAACAGCUAAAAUCAAAAGAUUGAAUGUUCCUAGCUAUUUAUGCAGGAGUAGUAGGAUAUGUUCCAUUACAAAAUCUAUGAAAACCACAAGCAUACUUCAGUUUUUCUACAACAAGUAGAUUUUGUGUAGUAGGGCACCAGCAUUUUUACUAAAUGUUGACUGGUUGGUGAGCUGACCAGCUCAUUGGCUGAAUAAAUUGGUUUGCCCUCACUGACGUCAUGAUCAUAAGGCCCUGUUAGCAAGUCCUAUAACUGGAGCUCAGAAGUGCUUAAAAUAAUAUUUGAUGCAGUUCUGUGUUGAGAAAACGAGUGCAUUCUUCUAUAUAAAAAGUGAUUAACCAUUUAAAAACCACAAUUUUGCUACACAAAAGCUACACAGGAUCUCAUUCAUUUUGGACUCACUUGAGAGCGCCCUCUAGUGUCUGACAAUCGCAGAUUUUUGAGUGACAGUUGGUGUUUUGAUGUGUGAAAAACAAAAGCAGUUGUGAAACCUUUAUUUCAUAUUAACAGUGCAUACAUGGCUAAUGCUAGCACCAUAAGGGUUUACUCCAUUACCAAAGCCUGUUUAUUCAACUGUGUAAUCUGAGAGAAUGAUGUACUUAACUGUUGUUUUAUGAUUCGCCUUUUUUUAUGUGCAUUGCUUCCAUGGAUUUUAAAACACUUUCUAAUUAACCCCA